AUGGAGAAAAAAUUUUUUGAAUAUGUAAAUUAUUUUCCUGAGUGUGAAAAAAUUAUGCAAACUAUAUUAAAUGAGGGUGGUGGAGAUGAUUUUACUCAUGGUUUUUAUCAGAAACAUGGAAUUAAAGAAGAUAUAUUUAAGGAAAAAAAAUAUUGUGGAGUAGCUAUGUUAUAUGUACGAGACAUAGAUGAAAAAAGUGAUUCUUUUAAAAUAACUAAAGAAUCGGGUUUUUCCUACUUGCUUUAUUGGUUAUAUAAUAAAAUAAGCGAGGAUGAAGAAAACACUGUAAUUAAGGUUUAUAAAGCAUUGUUAGAGGAUCAUAAAAAGACUUUUGAAAAAUCUAAAUGUAUGGAUUAUAUAGAUUAUACUAUUUCCAAGGAACAUAUAAAUGGUAUCGAUAAAAUGAUUAGUAUGUAUGAGUGCCUUAACAAAAUGAAAAGUAAAGUUAGAUUUUCUGAAAAGGAUUCAUUAUGCAGUGCUGUGCCAGAAUUUAUAAAAAGGUACAAUGCAGAAAUUGAAAGUGAAACUGCAAAAUCACAACAAUCCACAUUAUCAGACGAAUGUAAAAAUAAUACCAGGAUUUCUAUAAUAAUUAUAAUAAUUUUAGCACUAUUAAUAUCAACACAGCUUGGAUCACAUUUUCGUUCUUUACUGGCGAAAAAUGGAAAUUAUUGGAAUAAUGUAAAUCAAGAAAAAAAUAAUAUACAGCCACCUAAUAUAACAGAAUGUGGUAAAAAUUACAAUAAAUAUGAUAUAUUAUAUCACUGUGACUAUUUUAUUCAUUAA